GAGAUUAAUGUUAUGUUGUUGGAUUUCUUGGAAAUCUGAUUAUCAGGCUUGGAGGACGAAAUCCCUCUUUGCUAGCAUUCUCUUCACUGUUGGAAGACACAAUCAAAAGGAUUAAUGGUGUUUUCAUCUCAGGGAACAAAUUGAGCUAAUUGGAUUUUAUGAUAGAGAAGGGUAGAUUUGUGAUUUCGCUACAGUGCCGUGAAUAGCGAUUUUGCUACAGUGCAUGAAUAGUGUUUGCAGCAAGUUUAGUUUGUUCAUUGUAAGGGUUUGGUUGUGCAGUAGCUGAUGUAUUAUUGCACAUAUGCAAGAACUGAUUUAUUAUUGCAUACUUCUGAGGUUUAGCAACAGCUGAUGUAUUGUUGCUUGGGUAUUCAUCUUGCUGGUUAGAAGUUUGGGAGGCUGCCAUUUCAUUUGCAGAUCACCACAACACCCAAUUCUAGGUAAGCUCUUCAAAUUCUUCUUGGUUACCAAUCAGAAGUCGCUUUAUUGGUAUGGGAUACAAUUCUUUAGUAGUGGAUGAGGCAAUCCAGGAAGUAGGCUCAGCGAUUGAAAAUGCAAUAUUGGAACACAUAAGGAAUAAUCAGGAAUGCUCAUCCGAUUCAGAUUGGUGCUUAAUUAAAAGGCACUUUGUGAGCAUGGGUUUCUCUUCUACUAUAGUAGACAAAGCACUUGAAAAAUGUGGGACACGGAAUGAGGCACUUAUACUUGACUUCCUCACAAAUUAUAAGGGAAGCUCAUGUGAGUCAUCUUCAUCCUCAAUCCGGAAUCAUUUUAUGUUGAUGGGGUUUUCUUCUGGUGUUGUUGAUAAAGCUAUUGAAGAACGUGGAACGGAGGAUGAGGCUGGAAUUUUUGAGUCCAUCUUGACCUAUGAGCAGUUGAUGUUGAAGAAAGAGUUACUGAAGAAAUCAAGUUCACACAAUGAGGAUUUACUCAUUCAAUCAGAGAGUUCAGUGAGUGAGGUCACAGAUAUAGACGAUGAAGAUAUUGGACAAUUUGAUGAGGAAAUCAAUCUCAAAGCCCGCUUAUUGGAAAUGGGGUAUGCUGGAGAGGAAGUAUCUUUGGCCAUUGAAAGAUAUGGAGUAGAUAUUCCAAUUGAUAUCUUGGUUGAUUCGAUCGAUGCUGUUAGACAUAGUGAGGCUACAAGCGAUGGAGAUAUGGGAGUUCCACAUAAUGGCCUUACUUUAAAGGAGGGAUUGAAUGAAAGUUUAAAGAAGGAUUGCUAUGAAACUCAUUACAAGAAACCAUUUCAGAACAUAAAUCUCAAAGGAAGUGCGUCUUUCGAAGGUUUGUCUGUAAAAAAUGAAGAUAAAAAUUUUCGUUUACCAGGCCAUGUUAGAGGACUCGUUGGAUUCGGAGUUCCAGAUCACCCCGUGGAUCGACAGCGGAAGCUUAAAAUGUUUGUGCAAGGCCCCCCAUACUUUUACUUCGAAAAUGUGUAUAAUACACCAAAGGGAGCAUGGGCAACAAUAUCCCGAUAUCUGCACAAUAUUAAACCAGAAUUUGUGGAUUCAAAGUAUUUCUCAGUUUCGAGUAGACAACGUGGCUACGUGCAUAACCUUCCAAUUGAUAAUCGUUUUCAGAUUUUGCCUCUACCACCCAUGACAAUUGAAGAGGCAUUUCCUGAAACACAAAAGUAUUGCCCAUCAUGGGAUAAGAGAACUAAACUUAACUGCAUAAACACAGAGUCAGCAAGAGUUCCGUUAUGUGAUAGACUCAGGAAUAUUCUGAAGCUUUUUAAUGGAAAACCCAGCCGGGAAGAGCAGGCAAUGGUACUUUUACAAUGUAAAAAGUGGAACUUGCUAUGGGUCGGUCCAGAUCAGCUGGCUCCGCUGGAACCUGAUGAAAUGGAGCUUGCUUUAGGAUAUGAUGUGGGCCACACACGUGUCUCUUCUACUAGGACACAGCGUAUACGAUCCCUUGGAAAUGCUUUUCAGGUACAAACGGUAGGAUACCAUCUUUCUGUUUUGAAGUCUAUUUAUCCAAAGGGGAUAAAUGUCCUCUCUCUCUUCUCUGGAAUUGGGGGUGCAGAAGUUGCUUUGCAUCGUCUGGGUAUACCACUCAAUUAUGUUGUAUCUGCAGAAAUUUGCAAAGAAAACAGGCUUAUCCUCAGAAGCUGGUGGGAAAGAACACAUCAAAAGGGUAAACUGAUUGAGGUGGGGGAUAUAAAGAAUCUGACAAGAGAAAGACUUGAUGAAAUGAUUAACUCAAUCGGAGGUUUUGAUCUCAUAAUAGGUGGAAGCCCCUGUAAUAAUCUGUCGGGCAGCAACAGGUGCACAAGGCAUGGGCUAGAUGGAAACGAAUCUUCUAUUUUCUAUGAAUUUCCAAGGAUUCUGAAUUACGUAAGGGGUGCAAUGCGUUCGAACUUAACUUGACACAAUGUUAUCAUUAUCAAAGGUGAAACAUUCUUACAAUUUUGUCAUACAGGGAUCCUCUGCAGUCACUUAUUUCAAAUCCAGCAAGCAGACGUUUUUGUAACUAUGUUUGAGUACUAUGUUUUUGUAACUAUCUUUGGGUUCUUCAAAAUCUACUCGAGAGUUUUUGUAAAUAUGUUUGAGUACUUGUUUCACUGCUAGUAUUUGACAUUGUAUAUGUUAAUCCAGUGGAUGUUAUAUUAUGUUUGA